AUGGGACACCCGGGCAUGCCACAUUAUCCUCCCAUGGGGAUGCACCCCAUGGGUCAGAGACCACCAAAUAUGCCGCCAGUUCCACACGGUAUGAUGCCUCAGAUGAUGCCCCCCAUGGGAGGACCCCCGAUGGGGCAGAUGCCUGGAAUGAUGCAGUCAGUAAUGCCUGGAAUGAUGAUGUCUCACAUGUCCCAAGCUGCUAUGCAGCCUACAGUUCCGCCAGGGGUGAACAGUAUGGAUGCGCAAGUAGGCGUAACACCACCUGGAACUCAGACAACGCAUCCUGUAGUUUGCGCAGCCCAGCAAACCGCCACAACCAACAGUUCUGUUAACGAAGAGCACUCUAAACAGAAAUCUACAUGGACAGAACACAAAUCACCGGAUGGAAGAACAUACUACUAUAAUACUGAAACAAAGCAGUCUACGUGGGAGAAGCCAGAUGACCUAAAAACACCUGCUGAGCAAUUGUUGUCCAAGUGUCCCUGGAAGGAGUAUAAAUCUGAUUCUGGAAAGCCCUACUACUAUAAUUCCCAAACAAAGGAGUCGCGCUGGGCAAAACCCAAAGAGCUCGAGGAUCUUGAAGCAAUGAUUAAAGCUGAAGAAAACAGUGCUGCUUCAAAGAAGGAGGAUGAUGAUGCCCAACCAGUUAAAAAAACCUAUACAUGGAAUACAAAGGAAGAAGCAAAGCAAGCAUUUAAAGAGCUCUUAAAAGAAAAGCGAGUACCAUCCAAUGCUUCGUGGGAGCAAGCUAUGAAAAUGAUCAUUAAUGAUCCUAGAUACAGUGCUCUGGCAAAACUAAGUGAAAAAAAGCAGGCCUUUAACGCUUACAAAGUUCAAACAGAAAAAGAAGAGAAGGAAGAAGCGAGAUCAAAAUACAAGGAAGCUAAAGAAUCCUUCCAGCGUUUUCUUGAAAACCAUGAAAAGAUGACAUCCACAACGAGAUACAAAAAAGCUGAACAAAUGUUUGGGGAGAUGGAAGUCUGGAAUGCGAUAUCUGAGCGUGAUCGUCUUGAAAUUUAUGAAGAUGUCUUGUUUUUUCUGUCUAAGAAAGAGAAG